UUGAGUUGAAUUCACUUUUCCAAAGUCGUCACACACGCAAAAGUUAAAGUUUCCCAAAAUAAGAAAUAAUUAAUUAUAUUUUUAGUUUAAUUCGUUUAUCUACUAAAACAAUUUCAAAUUUGUGUCAUUUCAAAAAAGUUUGAAAAUGGGUCGUGACAGAAGUCGAAGUAGGAGCCGGGAGAGGAAUCGUGACCAGCACCAUCAUCACAGAAAUCAUGACGACCGAGAUAAUAAUCGUGGUGGAGGUGGUUUUGGUCACUCAGAUCGACGACACAACUAUGACGAUGGUGGUGAUAAUGUGAACGGUUAUCGUGGUGGAGGUGGUGGAGGUGGUGGUGGCGGUGGUCGAGGAGGCUUUGGUUUCCGAGGAGGUCGCGGUGACAGAGAUGGAAAUAGUUUCCGCGGCGCGCCGGAACAAUCAGAGCAAAGGCGAAUGUUACGAGAACAGAUUGGCGAAGAGGGUGUGGCCGACGUGUGGACGGGUUCACCGCACCGAUUUAGGGAUGAUUCUGACGAUGAAGAACGAACCAUCACAGGACGACAAGACUCCGGUUACAAGUGGCAUCUCACCGGCAGCGACAAGAAAAACAAGAAAUCGUCAUCCAAAAAGAGCAAAAAUAAAAAGAGGAAACGUUCCUCCUCAAGUAAAAAGAGGAAGAGGAGACAUUCCCUAUCUUCAUCCUCUUCUUCCGACGAUAGUGACGACGACUCGGAUUCUUCGAACGGGAGGCGAUCCAAAAAGAAGAGUAAGAAAAGCAAGAAAUCGUCACGAAGUAAAAAGGCGAAGAAACCCAAGGACAAGAUAAGCAACAAGUAUUCCGAUAAGAGGACAAAUGUCAGUAAAGAAGAGGAAAAAGAAAUUGAACUAGACGCGGAUCGCGUGGUCAAAGAAAUUCUUCAAAGUGUACAAAAAACGGCUCGAUUAGGACCAACCGUACCGAUGAGACCGUCGCUGGACGUAAAUCCGCCACCAAAUUCUUCCUCGUCUAGUUCCGAAGGGGAGGAAGAGGACAUGUGGGUUGAAAAACCAAACGCCUCUAAUGAAAACAGUCUCGAUGCCGAUCCCGACGACCCCACGGGCGGACAUGAUGCAGAAGAUAUCGUCGGCCCUCAACCCAAACAAGUCGUCCAACUCUCAUUCAAAGAAUAUGGUAAAGCUCUACUUCCCGGCGAAGGGGCUGCGAUGGCGGCUUUUGUCGCGGACGGAAAACGUAUCCCGAGAAGAGGAGAAAUUGGCCUGACUUCGAAUGAAAUUGAGAAAUAUGAAGAUGUCGGCUACGUCAUGAGUGGUUCUCGCCACCGGCGCAUGGAAGCUGUCCGUAUCCGAAAGGAGAAUCAAAUCUAUUCCGCCGAUGAGAAACGUGCCCUCGCCAUGUUUUCGAAGGAAGAGAGACAAAAGCGUGAAAAUAAAAUCCUUUCCCAACUCAGAGACGUGGUACAGAAGAAGAUCAGUCGAAAAAAGGAUCCGGCCGUGUAGCGGAUAAAUAACGUACAAAGUCACUGUCACUUCUCAUCUAAAUAAUUAUGUUAGUUCCACACUUCCACGAUUUCCUCUUCGCCAGAGUCACUCUCCGAUGACGAAUUUAACCCGAGAUUUAAAGCAUUUCCUCUCUGGACAAGUUCCACCUCGAUUGGUGAAUGUCGACGACGAAUAUUACCUCCCAAAACGGCCGGUGCGGAUAGUCCCCUUCCAAUUUCGUUGUUAUUAUUCUCCUCGUCAUUCACGACAAAGCCGGAUCCUACCGCCAUAUUGUGCAUGCUGUUAUUUGUCGUCAACGUGUAGAUGGAUCUCCUCCUUGCAUGCAUCUUCACGAGGACCCAAUCCCCCAAAUAUUUCGCCACUGUGGGGAACGGUAGGGCACAAAUUACUCCUAUAAUCGACCCAAUCACACACCUGUCGAGGAUAAAGACCUCAAAAAGGAUCGUUUCCAGGAGGGGAACCCACGCCACGCAGCAAUCGGGGAGGUGAACUGAAAGUAAAUUUUUUGUAAAAAUCGUGUCGUGAUAUAAAAUAAAAUAUUUACCCAAAAAGAAGAAAACCCCACCUGGAAUACAACCGAAGAUCAAAUCAGGCUCAUCAUUGUUCCUCGGCUUUGGCUCUUUCGUACAAAUUACGACGACUUUAAGGACGAAAUUUAUCACUGUGUGGAAAGUGACAUAAUAAUAAUUUUAGUUACUUUAUACGCUAUUAGGUUUAGAAUUGUUGUAUUUUAAGUAUGUGUCAGAUCAGAUCGUCACUUUUUAUUAUUGUUAUAAAUACUCUAAAUAUUUAUUUGAAUAUAUAAAUUUGUAUGAAGUUAA